GCGGGCACACACACACACACACGCUCGGCCUCUCUCUCUCUCUCCGUCUGUGUCUUAGUCCUGUCUGUCUAAUACAGACACACUCGGAUACACACACACUUGCACUCGGUCUCUGUAUCUGUCUUAUACAGACAUACUUCGACACACACAUAGACUCACCCUCGGUCUCUUUCUCUCUCACACACACACACACUCACACGCUUUUCAGCACCAUGCGGCCUCUUCGCGUUCUGGUCGUAGCUUUACUACUGUUAGGCCUCGCUGCCUCCUUCACACACGCAGACGAGGCCGAGGAGCAGGGGCCAGGAGGAGAAGAGGAGGAUGCAGGGGAGGUGAAGGAGGAGGAGGAGGAGGUGAAGAAGGAGAAGACGGAGGAGAUCGAGGAGGAGAAGGACGUGAUGGUGCUCCACAUCAACAACUUCAACCGGGCGCUCAAGGAGAAUAAACACCUGCUCGUGGAGUUCUAUGCGCCGUGGUGUGGCCACUGCAAGCGUCUGGAUCCCAUCUGGGCCGAGGCAGCCGGAAAACUGAAGGAAGGAAAACUGCCAGGGGCGGCACUAGCUAAGGUGGAUGUCAUUGACGAGAAAGAGCUCGGGGAGGAGUUUGAGAUCCAGAGUUUCCCCACCAUCAAGUUCUUUAGCAACGGAGAACGCAGCAACCCUGCCUCAUACACAGGAAAGAGGACAACAGAGGGUAUUCUGCAGUGGCUGGAGAGGAGAAUGGGGCCCAGUGCCACCACCAUUUCCACCACAGAGGGCGCCAAGGAGUUCAUCAACGCUAAUAAUGUUUCAGUGGUGGGCUUCUUCAAGUCUCUUGAGGCAGAUGCAGUGAAGGUGUUCAAUGAGGUUGCCAUGGAUGUGAUCGAUAUGAACUUCGCCGUGGUGAGCAGCCCUGACGUCUUCAAACACUUUGGUCUGGAGGCGGACACAGUAGUGCUCUUCAAAAACUUUGACGACAAGAGAGCUGAUCUGCCCGUUCCGGAGAAGUUGGAGAAAGAUGAUGUGGUCGCCUUCAUCAGUAACAAUGCAAUGCCAUUAGUCAUACCCUUCAGCGAAGAGAAUGCUGAGAAGAUCUUUGGCUCCAAGAUUCAUAACCACCUGCUGCUCUUCAUCAACUCCACCGUGCCGGCCCAGAGUGCAUUGCUGGAAGACUACAAGGCCACCGCCAGCUCCUUCAAGGGCAAGGUCCUCUUCAUCCUUAUUGAUACCAACGGGGCAUCUGUGUCUCACGUCCUGAACUAUUUCGGCAUAUCGGAGAGUGACGUCCCCACGGUGCGGCUCAUCGACACGGACACGGUGAAGAAAUACGCACCACCACACGGGGGCGCCAUCAACAAGCAAACGAUUCAGGAGCUCUGCCAAGGAGUACUGGACGGCACUCUCAAGCCUCAUAUGAUGAGCCAGGAGAUUCCGGAGGACUGGGACCAGAAGCCCGUUAAGGUUCUAGUGGGCAAGAACUUCGAAUCCGUCGCCUUUGACGAGACUAAGAACGUCUUUGUGGAAUUCUACGCCCCGUGGUGCGGUCACUGUAAGGAGUUGACUCCUAUUUGGGAGAAGCUGGCGGAGAAGUAUAAGGAUCGCGAUGACAUCAUCGUCGCCAACAUGGACUCCACAGCCAAUGAGGUGGAGGCAGUGAAGGUGUCGGGGUUCCCCACUCUCAAGUACUUUCCUGCAGGGGCUGACAAGAAGAUCGUAGACUACACAGGUAAGAGGGAUCUGGAGACUCUCUCCAAGUUCCUGGACAACGGGGGAGUUCUACCUGAGGAACCAGCGGAGGAGGAUGAGGAUGAUGAUGACGACGAAGACGAUGAUGAUGACGAGGAGGUCACAGAAGAAACUGAUAAGACAACCAACACAACCAAGGAUGAGCUGUAAACACAUACACACACAUGCACACACGUUGUCACACACGUACACCCGCACACACAUCUGAAGGCAUGCGCGCACACUCUCUCUCACACACACACACACACGCACGCACGCACGCACGCACACACGCAAACACACACGCACGCUCUCUCACACACGCACACACACACACAUACCCUCACACACAGGUUCACACAUGCUCUCUCACACACAGAAAUGCUGUGAUGUUUGUAUUUUCAC